UUUUAUCCAUCAAAAUUUUUGUUUCUUUUAUUUAUCUUCUUGAAGCAUGGAACUGGAGAAACCCAUGUUAAGAGAAGCUCCUAGUGCUCAACCAAAAAACAAGCAAAAGAAUGGUACUAGGAGGAGGAGCAUCAAUUCACAUGGAACAAGUAGUUCUCAACCUUCUGAUGAUCUGUGCCAUCGUUCUGAAUCCUUUAGGACACUUGAAAUGGGUGUUCCAAGGGCCAACUCGACCGAGGAAAAACUAACUUGGCUGCGCUCUCAAAUCAUUGGCGGUGAUGCAGAAAUCGAUUCUCUCUUUGGAAAAAGAAGACUCACCUAUGCUGAUCACACCGCCUCUGGCCGGUCUCUUCAAUAUAUUGAAACUUUCAUCAUUGACAAUGUUCUUCCUUUUUAUGGGAACACUCACACUUGUGACAGUCACGUGGGGUCCUGGACAACAAAAAUGGUGCAUGAAGCAACCAGUUACAUCAAGAAAAGCUUAGGUGGUGGACAAGAAGAUGCAAUCUUGUUCUGUGGCUCGGGCACAACUGCUGCUAUCAAAAGGCUUCAAGAAGUAAUGGGAAUUGCAGUACCAUCCAUUUUGAAAGACAGGGUACUUAAAUUCCUUCGUAGUGAAGAAAGGUGGGUGGUUUUUGUUGGUCCUUAUGAGCACCACUCCAACCUUCUCUCAUGGCGACAAAGCUUGGCUGAAGUAAUAGAGAUUGGUUUAGAUGACAAUGGUUUGAUAGACAUGGAGGCUCUAAAACUACAACUUGAGACUUAUAAAUAUGCCAACCGUCCAAUUUUGGGUUCCUUUUCGGCUUGUAGCAACGUGUCUGGAAUUUAUUCUGAUACGCGUGCAAUUGCUAAAUUACUUCAUCAAUAUGGAGGUUUUGCAUGCUUUGAUUUUGCAGCAAGUGGCCCUUAUGUGGAGAUUGACAUGAGAUCUGGGGAGAUUGAUGGCUAUGAUGCCAUUUUCCUUAGUCCACAUAAGUUCCUUGGUGGGCCCGGAUCACCUGGCAUACUUUUGAUGAGAAAGGUCCUCUAUCGACUGGAAUCUUCUCCACCAUCAACUUGUGGAGGUGGAACUGUUAAUUAUGUCAAUGGCUUCAAUGAAAAGGACACAUUAUACAUGGAGGACAUAGAAGAAAGGGAAAAUGGUGGGACUCCUCAAAUAAUACAGACAGUUAGAGCAGCAUUGGCCUUGUGGGUGAAGGAAUACAUUGGCUACCAAGUGAUAGAAAAACAGGAGCACACCUACAUAGAGAAGGCUCUUGAGAGGCUUCUCCUAAAUCAGAACAUAUGCAUUUUAGGAAAUACAAGUGCCAAGCGCCAAGCUAUAUUGUCUUUCCUCAUUUAUAGUACUAGCAAUUCCCCAUUGGCUGGUCUCAAAAAUGGGAGUAAUGACCCGUUUGACAAUACAGAUAGCUGCAGAGAGGUAAAGGUGAAAGAGUUUUACUUGUGGGGAGAGACAGGGAAAAAUAAAGAUAAACCUCUUCAUGGACCAUUUGUUGCAGCACUCCUCAAUGACCUGUUUGGCAUCCAGGCUCGAGGUGGAUGCGCUUGUGCCGGACCCUAUGGUCACGAUUUACUUAAUGUGGGUGAGUCUCAUUCACUCGCCCUGAGAGCUCUCAUUCAAAAGGGCUAUGUUGGAGUAAAACCAGGAUGGACUAGGGUCAGCUUUCCCUACUACAUGUCCCAAGAGGAAUUUGAGUUUAUUUUAGCAGCAGUGGAAUUUUUAGCUAUUUAUGGGCAACGGUUCCUUCCUUUAUAUAACUUCAACUUAAGAAGUGGUAGUUGGUCAUUGAAGAAAAAGGCAGUUAAGGAACUACUUAGCAAGGAAAACAAGUGCAACGUUCACGUAUUGCCAGUGGCCAGUGCUAUGCAUACAGAUACAGUGAACUUAAAGCAUCACAAUUCAAAAAAACGGGAGAAUGUGAAUGUGAAUGUUAUAGCUAAACAAACUGGAUCCGAAAAUAAGUUUACAGCAUAUUUGGAAACGGCUAAGUACAUUGCCAGUCUCCUCCCCAAGUUCCCUCCACAGCGCAGACUGCCAAAUGACACAGAUAUCAACCUCCUCCACUUCAGACUCUAGUUAUUUUCUCGAUCUGUACGUUGCUGUAUCUCUUGGACCACUGCACCGACUUCUUUGUAUUGCAUUUACCUCUUGAACUUUUGUAUUUUCAAUUUUUACAAAAUAUAUACCACAGCCUCUCUAGGCUUAUACCACUUAGGCGAUGACCUACUCUUUAGUGGAGAAAGG